AUGAUGAGGCUGCAACACAUUCCAAAUAAAAUUAUAUUUCCUAUAUCGAGUAGAUUAUUAGUGAGGUCUAUAGUCACUCCAAGUAGUGAUUAUAGGACAAGACGAUCAACCACAAUAACACCAGUCACAAAUACUCCAUCGACGCAAUUUAAAUUUAAAUUUAUUCCAACUGUACAUAACAAUAACACAAAACCUGUGAAUAAAAAUGAUUCCACAUCGCUAUCUUCGUCCAUUAAACAAAAAAGAUUAACAAGUUAUAGUUUACCAUCUAAAAAUAUUCUUGAUAAACAUGAAGAAAUAAUUGAAACUAAAGGGAACUCUCAACUAGCAACAUUAAAUAAAGUAGAAGAAGUAAUGGAGGACACAAGGGAGAGAAGAGAGAUCAAACAUUUAAUAAAUGUUCAGAAUAGUAUUUCUAUAUCUGCCAAUUCCGGCACAACUGCAACUGCAACUGCAACCUCCACCACUACUGCUAUCAUACCAAAAAAGAAAAGGAAAAGAACAUUACGCGCAAGAAAGGCAGUUAUUACUUUAACACCAAGAGCUGUAGAGCAUUUGAAAAAGUUACUAGACUUACCUGAGCCUAAGAUGAUUAGAGUGUCAACAAAAAACCGUGGUUGUUCUGGAACACAAUACGAUUUAUCGUAUGUGUCAAAACCAGAAAAAUUUGAUGAAAUCGUCGAACAUGAUGGAGUUACAAUUAUUAUUGAUUCAAAGGCCUUGUUUAGUGUAGUAGGAAGUGAAAUGGAUUGGAUUGAUAAUCAACUAAAUACUAAAUUUAUUUUUAGGAAUCCGAAUGCUAAGGGAACCUGUGGAUGUGGUGAAAGUUUCAUGAUAUAG